UGUCAGUUUGUUUACAGCUGAGCUCCGACAUGGCUGCGGACAUAACUCUACUUUUCAAAGCCAGCGUAAAGACAGUCAAAACCAGGAACAAGGCCAUAGGAAUAGGUUUUGAUUCCACCAAAGAUGAAAUUUUCAAGAAAAGCAGACCAAAGAGCGGUUUCUCUACGAAGGCGAAAGAAGUGAUCACGAACAUCACCAAACUCAAAGACUUUCUGCUGCAGCACCGAAAAGAUUAUGUGAGCGCCGGAAGCCUCAUUUCAUCAGAUCUGACCCGCAUGACGGACACUGAACGAGACCAGAUCGACCAGGACGCUCAGAUCUUCAUGAGGACCUGCUCUGAAGCCAUCAAGCAGCUACGCAACGAAGCAGAGAAGCAGGUGACAUCAGCUCAGGUGAAGGAGCACAGAGGAGCAGUGCUGGACCUCACUGAAAUGUAUCUGAAAGGAGUCUGCAAGAUUUAUUCUGAGCAGAGAGCAAUAAGAGUCAAGAGAAUGGUUGACAAGAAGAGGCUAUCAAGGCUGGCCCCAGAGCGCCUCAGUCGAGUGGAGAAACCUGUGGAAGUGCAGCCUGCAGAGGAGAAAACAGUCAAAGAGGAAAGUUCUGAGAAGAAUGUAGCAGAGGUACCGGACAACCCUGUCAACCUGUGGGAGGAGGGCAGAGUGGAGGAUGAGCUCUCCCCAGAGGAGAUCCAGGUGUUUGAGCAGGAGAACCAGAGGCUGAUCAGUGAGAUGAACAACCUGGUGGAUGAAGUGAGGCAAAUUGAGGGGAAGGUGGUGGAGAUCUCCAGACUCCAGGAGAUCUUCGCUGAAAAAGUCUUGCAACAAGAAACAGAAAUAGACAAUAUCCAUCAGCUGGUUGUGGGUGCAACAGAGAACGUCAAAGAAGGCAAUGAGGACAUACGAGAGGCGAUCAAAAACAACGCCGGCUUCCGUGUAUGGAUCCUCUUCUUCCUGGUUAUGUGCUCUUUCUCCCUCCUCUUCCUGGACUGGUAUGACAGUUAACACAACUGCCCCCGUGGACACCGUGCAGCGACAAGCGCUCUGGAGAUGGUGCACAUUGGAAAUCUUAUAAAGAAGCAACACUCAAGACUGAAUAUACAGUUCAUUAUAAUGGACAAGCCGGACAAUUGGUUCUUCAUGAAGAUUGUUCUCUUCCAAGUGAGGACGGCAGUUUGUUCAUCCCUGCUACCAUCUAUUAAUCAUUGUCCAGUGCUUUCAGGGGUAGCUCUGAUGAAUAAAUGCACUCCUGUGGAGGUGGGGGGGGCGAGCUCGGUGUCCACUUUAACAAUCUGUCCGCUGGAUAGACAGUCAGCCUUUCUCUACCACUGGAAAAACUGAUAAAGGUUUGAUUGGCAGCAUCUAUCUUUGUGAAGCUGAGUGAAAAGCAAGAUUGUGAUGUCUGCUCAUCUGUUUCGGAACAAACUUAAAUGCACUAGAGAAAACCUGUGUCUCUCAUCUGUUUCCCUCAACAACAUGUUGUAAAUCGCACUUCACUCUCAAAGGCUUGCAAUGGUUUUCUUACUAGGCAUCACAAGGAUCCAUUUGACGUCUGUGACAGCAUGACUGUACUUACCACUUACGUUCUAGUAAAACAAAGCAAUAUUUGUGUUUGAA